AUGGCAGGAAGAGCGCUGAGUCGUCUGACGCUGCUGCUUCUGCUGGUGAUCCUCUCACUCCACCUUCACGCAUGUAGCUCAGAGGUCAUCUUCGAGGAGAGAUUCGAUGGUAAUGGAAGAAGAUGGAUUGAAGUCCAACCUCGAAUGUUCCGACUUUCCGGUUUUCCUCCGACUCUCGGAUCAGUCUAUGUAUCUUUGCAACGGAGAGUCCCUUCUUCCGAUGUUUUCUUUGGAUUUUCCUCUCUCUGCCCCCUGGUUUUGAAGAAAAUUUGGCUUGUCCCUAUGACAAGUCACCAGGGUACUGUUGCUCUCCGAUUGGAAUGUUGUGGAGGCCUGAUUUUUGUUCAGUACCGAUGCUGACAUUGUUCCGUAUUUCUGACUCGAAACUUUCUGUGAAUGAUCGGAGGUCAUCUGAUUAGAACGUUCCAGGGGAUACGUACUGUUGAAAAUUUCUGCUGGAUGGGGAAGGGACGAUUGAUUGAUUGUGACUGUCGUAUAUACUUGUCCUUUUUGCCGGUUUCUAGAUAUUUCUGGAAUAAUGGAAUUUCGCAAAUUCCGUGAUCCAAUUCAUGGCGGGAAUUCUUCAAGACUCUUGGGAUUCCCUCGUUAUCUUGUCCAUCAAAGGGUAUCAUCUCAUUUGCAAGGUCUCAUUAGCCGUUUCGGAUGGAUUCUACCUUGACAUGAAGAAGUAGAUAUAUAUAUAUAUAUAUAUAUAUAUUUUUUUUUUUCCCUCGUAAAUUAGUCUGAAAAGUAGAUGCCUAGGUACUGAAGGCUAUUUUUUUCAUACCCAUGGAAGAGUUGAAAACGAACGGGAAGAGUCCUUGUUUCAUGAUUCACUCUUUUGCAAUGGGGACAACUGAAAAGUUAUUAAUGCUUAAUGCAACGUUUUGAAUGAUACCUGGACUGACAUACUAUACAGUCGAAGCGUUUUUUUUUUGUCGAUCCUUCACCAUUUGAGAAUAAUUGUUCAGUGGUUCAGUAUUACAAUGGACCCGGACCUCAUAGAUAUCUUUCAUCUAAGAUUACAAUGAGUGAGACCUAAGUUGAAUGGCUAAAUUGACCGAAAUGGUUCGAAAUGGCUUUUGUGAUUUUCCUGUUCGGCCAAUAUCCUCCCUUCUUUUCAGAAACAAUCCAAUUUUAGGAUCCUCUGUUCUUUCUGUUGAAAUGUAUUAACCCCGACCUGGUUACUUACUUUGUUUACUGGAACCAAAAGAUGAUUGGGAGAGCCGGUGGGUAAAAUCCGACUGGAAAAGAAGCGAGGGAAAGGCUGGAUCCUUUAAGCAUACAGCAGGAAGGUGGUCGGGAGACCCGGAUGACAGAGGCAAGUAUCUGUCUUCUUUACCAUACAUACUUGAACAACUGUCAGUAGAUUCCUCUCUAGGUGUUGUUUCAAGGUCUCUCCUCGUGGGUCCGCCAUCUAGUAAUACUUUUCUGGUACUACAUGUACGCCUCACCCUUUUGGUUAUUUGGCUCUUAUGACUUUUGGUUGACAUGCAGGUAUUCAGACGCAUACAGAUGCCAGACAUUUUGCUAUAUCUGCAAAGCUGCCUGAGUUUACUAACAAGAACAGAACGCUUGUAGUCCAGUACUCUAUAAAGUUUGAGCAGGAUAUUGAAUGUGGCGGUGGCUAUAUUAAGCUUCUUUCUGGAUAUGUCAAUCAGAAGAAGUUUGGUGGCGAUACUCCGUACAGGUCUCUGCUGCAUAUAUUUAGACUUAAUUCUCCUCUUCUUCCUUUCUUUAUAAAUUAUUUCCUUUUUAGUUUUUACGGCCUGAUGAUUUAUUAAUCAUAAAGGUACGAUUAUUGACUCAUUUUUUCCGGCCAGCUCUCCUUAUGGUCAUAUUACAGGUUACACAUUAUAAAAUUAGGAAAUAUAUUGCCUAUAUUUUGAGAAAUUCACCUCAUUCUCGAGAUCUUGAGCCGCCCUGUUCAACUCCCUCCUUCUAAAUACGUAAAAAUAUUUGGGUUUCUGUCUUUGGAGGUUGAUAAUCUGGCCCUGGAAUCUACUUUCACAUUGAUUGAAGUGAAAAAGUAUUUUUUUAUAGGGCUGCCAAAAUCUUUCAUGAUAUCUAUGCCUGACACUCUAUAUGGCUGUUGCUGGAAUUAUUUGAGUCGAUACUUGUAAUGUUGCCUGAUUUCUGUUGUUGGUGAUUUUAUCUUUGCAGUUUAAUGUUUGGUCCAGAUAUAUGUGGCACCCAGACAAAGAAGCUCCACGUCAUACUCUCUUACCAGGGGCAGAACUACCCUACCAAAAAGGAUCUAAAAUGUGAGACAGACAAGCUAACACAUUUUUACACAUUUAUUCUGAGGCCCGAUGCAUCGUACAGUGUCCUGGUCGAUAAUCGGGAGAGAGAAUCUGGAAGCUUGUACACAGACUGGGAUAUUCUUCCUCCUCGGAAGAUUAAAGACGUUAAAGCAAAGAAGGUGGGAGUCUGGGAUCCCAUUGCAUUGGAUGAUUGCUUCUGAUGCGAAACAGGGCUUCUGUGAUUCGUUUUCUGACUCGCCCGGUUCUGUGUCAUCUUUGUUUUCUGCAGCCCAAAGAUUGGGAUGAAAGGGAGUACAUAGACGACCCUGAUGACGUCAAACCAGAGGUAUGUCGUCAUAAUGCGAUUUCCAUUUUAUAAUUCUACUUUAAAUAAAUAGGUGAAACUUCCCUGUUCUUACUUUGAUGCAUCUGUACUGCAGGGUUAUGAUUCAAUUCCUGCUGAAAUCCCAGAUCCUAAGGCUAAGAAGGUACUUCAGCAAUCAUACAUUUGCGAUGCCUGCCUGCAUGUUUCUUUAUAUUUUAUUAUUUCAUACAAAAUUAACUAAAAGAACAAGUUGGAAUGCCAUCGUUGGCUGUCCUGGGGGCUGACAUGGCCGAGGAUCAUACAUCUCUAUUCGGUAUGAAUAUAUUAUCUUCUUUCCUCCUUUCAUCAGCCCAGUACAUGGGAUGAAGAUGAAGAUGGCACUUGGAAACCACCCAAGGUCCCAAACCCAGACUACAAGGGGCCAUGGAAGCGCAGGGUAUGUUUGGCUUGUUCAACUGUAAGUUUUAUUAUUAAUCCUCUAUCAUGCUAAUCAUUAAAUGCUUAAAUUACAGAGGAUCAAGAAUCCAAACUAUAAGGGGAAAUGGAGGACCCCAUGGAUUGAUAAUCCAGGUAAGAGCCUCAAGGGAAUCUCUUUUACAACCCGCAUCUCAAAUAGAGUUAGACUGUAAGUUUACGCCUUAUGAUUAGCCCUGAACUGAUCUUUUCACCGACAACAAACCCAGAUUAAGAUUCCAUAUUACAAGAUCGAGAUUCAUUCUUUGUUUGUUUAAGAACAGGCAGUUUAUCUUUAUCACGUUAUUGUUGCAUUUUUUUGGCAGAAUUUGAAGACGAUCCCGAUCUUUAUGUGCUGAAACCAGUAAAAUAUGUUGGGAUCGAAGUAUGGCAGGUAGGUCACAAUACUUUCCUGAUUACGUGGGCGCGUGUUGGAUACUGAAUUGAAUGAUCCUGAUGCUUGGACUGAACGAUUCUGAACAGGUGAAGGCAGGAUCAGUCUAUGACAAUAUUCUUAUCUGUGACGAUCCCGAAUAUGCGAAAGAGGUUGUAGCGGACAUAAUAUCUAGAAACAAGGAGGUGGGCCGGCAUAGAAAAUCUAAGAUUUUAUUUAGUGUCAGUUCUUGGGAUUGAAAGAAAAACGUUUCUUGAUUUUGUUUCCUACCUUCUAUUUCGUCGCAUGUUUAGGCUGAGAAAGAAGCUUUUGAUGAAGCUGAGAAAGUGAGGCUCGCAAAAGAAGAAGAGGUAAAGAGAGGAUUCUUCCCCUUCCCCUUUUAGUUAUCUCUCUCUCUCUCUCGCUCGCUCUCUCUCUCGCUCUCUCUCUCGCUCUCUCUCGUAGAGUAUCCUGCCCAGAACCCAUUUUCGGGGCCUCUUUGUACUCGGGUCUUUCUGCUUAACUUUUGGGUGACGUUUGGCAGGAAUCCAAGCGGGCGAGGGAAGACGGUGAAAGGAGAAGGGCGGAGAGAAAACGCGACCGUCGCUAUGGCGAGAGGGAGCGAUACAGAGACAAGUACAGAAAGGUAUCCUCCAUCCUCCUCUCAGAACCCACAAUCCAAUUAUCGAAUGAAUGCUUCUCGAAGAUCUACAAACACAUUUUAAAAAUCCUCUGCAAAGUCCUGAAUUGGCUACUGACUCGAAAUUAUUCAUUUUCAGAGGGAUUACUCGGACUACGAUCAUGUGAGUCUCCCUCCUCCACGACUAAUUUCGAUGCCGGCGGCCCUCUUUCUCUGCGCAUUUCUCAUGACUUUCUCUCGUGAUCGGACUGCAGGACGAACUAUGA